GCGUCUGCUGAAACCUUAGAGGCAACCGCGUAGAGAAGUGGAAAAACGCGCAUUGGUAGCGAUAACCGGGGAAACGCUGUGUGCAGAUCAAGCUACCUGUGCAAGAUGUCAGUGGUUGAGAUCAUCACUUGGGGUCCAGAAGGUGACACUCAUCUUAAAACUGCUUCUGAGAAGAGCACUGCCAGUCUCUUUCAUUGAGUUCCCAGCAAGCCUUUGCCCUGGUCCAGAUCCAACAUGUCGUACUUUCGGGACAACUUCUGGGGGGAGAGGAACUCUGGGUUCGAUGUUCUGUACCAUAACAUGAAACAUGGCCAGAUCUCCACCAAAGAGUUGGCAGAGUUUGUGCGAGAGCGAGCAGCUAUUGAAGAGAACUACUCCAAAUCAAUGAGCAAGCUGUCCAAGAUGGCAAGUGGCAGCAGCCAGCUAGGUACAUUCGCACCCAUGUGGGAUAUAUUCCGAAUUUCAUCUGACAAGUUGGCACUCUGCCACCUGGAGCUUGCCCGGAAACUCAAUGAUCUAAUUCGAGACAUUAGCAAGUAUGGGGAUGAGCAGGUCAAAGUUCAUCGAAAGACUAAGGAAGAAGUGACAGGCACCUUGGAGGUGGUCCAGAUGAUGCAGGUGGCCAGCGGCCAGCUGCACAAGGCCAAAGAGUGUUAUUAUAACCGUUGUCUCGAACAGGAGCGCCUAAGGAAGGAGGCUGCAGCUCAAAAGGACGUGGAAAAGGCCGAUAACAAGGCUCGAAAGGCGGCUGAAUCCUUUAGCUCCUCUGUUGAGAAAUUCAACCGUGUUGGUGAAGAAUUUGAGCGCAAAAUGAAUGAAUCUGCACAGAAGUUCCAGAACAUUGAGGAGUGUCACCUAAGGCAGAUGAAGGUCCUUAUCAAGUCAUAUUCUCACUCCAUCGAGGACACACAUGUGCAAAUAGGCCAGGUACAUGAAGAAUUUAAGCAAAAUGUGGAAAACACCGGGACUGACACUCUUGUGCGCAGGUUUGCUGAGCAGAAGGGAACUGGCAGGGAGAGACCAGGUACUGUUGGCUUUGAGGACUUCAAUUCAGUAGCAUUUUUGGAUGGGAUUAAAAAAAAUCGCAAUAAAACAUUCCGAAUUCCUGGCCUCAACAGGAAGGAGAAAGAGCCUGAGUCCCAAGACUAUCUCACCAGUGGCAUUUCAAAUUCUCCAGAGGUGGAUGAGGAAGGCUUCAUAAUCCGGUCUGACGUCAAUCAGAAUAAUGAGAAAGAGACCAACUUCUACUCCAGUGACUCGGACUUUGAUGAUGAUGAACCAAAGAAGAUUCGCAUACAGAUCCGUCCAGUUGCCAGCAGAAGUGGACAGGACUCAGCAGCCACAGAACAGGAACUAAAGGCCACUGUUGGGGCACUGACGCUUCCUCCAAACCGAGGGGUCUCCAUCAAGCGGCAGCUGUCAAGAACCUCUGGUUCUAUGAUGGGUAACCGAUCCAGAGAAGAAGGAGAAAAUGCACAACAAGGUGAUUCUGAACAUGACUGGCUCCAGCGGUCCACAUCCAGUCCAGAAGGAAACAGACUAAUUUCUGACAAACCUCCUCCAGAUCCCCUGUUUGGACCUCCACUGGAUUCUGCUUUUAAACCCAGCAGCCUGGGAGGCUCCAUGCCACCUACUUCAUCCUCUAAUUCUUCAUCCCCUGAAAAUGUUGAGGACUCUGGCCUGGACUCCCCUUCCCAUCAGCCACUUGGUCCUUCCCCAGAGCCUAGUCCCUGGGCUGCCUGGCCUCCAACGAGUUCCAGGCAGAGUAAAGGUUUCUCCGUCUCUACUGAUCCUUUCCUAGUGGCUUUCAGUGAGCCCUCCUCCUCAUCAUCACCUGCUUUGUCAGAGGAUGCCAACAGAGCAUGGUGCCCCUCUAGCCAGAGUCCCCGAGGACCCAGUGACAACUCUUCCUCUUCUCUUGCCACCUUCAGCCGCCCCUCAUCUUCUGAAUCUGAAGUACCACCUUGGCCUGGCCAACCCAGAGGAUCCCGGACUCCUGAUUCCACUGACUCUUUUCUGGCAGUGUUCUCCAAAGAACGGGCAAGCUCAGAACCUUUAAACCCAGCGCCAGCACAUCGUAAAGGUCCCACCCACAGUUCAGCUGGUGCAUCUCCUGUGUCACACUUAGAUCCCUUCUCCAUGUCCUUCAGCUGUUUAGCUGAUGGCAAGAUGGCCAUGCCUCCCCCAACAAGCUCAGGGAUAGAGCAAUGUGGGCCCUCAUCUAAGACAGUAUCUCCUGAAGACCCAUUUGCCAUCACGAUGGUUGGCAGUCCUACCCAUCAGUCAUCAGUCACAAACCCCAAACAGAAUGUUUCCAAAAGGCUAUCCACUCCAGGGACCAGGCCUGGUAAGAAAGAGCUAGUAAGAUGGAACUCGCUCCACAACCCCUUCCUGGAUGCCACGGGGGCCUGGGAGACAGGUCGUCAGCAGGAGACCCCCUUGAAUGAGCUAGACUCAGGACGGAAGCAUCAGUCCUCAGAAAGACUUGAUAGUUCACAACUGUGGGAAACAAGGAGACCCUGUCCUUCAGAGAGUUAUGGUACUGAAAAGAAGCCAGAUUCUUCACAAGGAUGGAGCUCAGAAAAGAAACCAUUACCUUCAGAUAGGCCAGAGCCUUCAGGAGGGUCAGGGAAAGAGAAGAAUCUGCACACUAUUCAUAGACUGGAAGCUUUAGACAGACGCAGCUCAGAAAAGAAGUCAAAUGCUUUUGACAGGCGAGCGUCCUUAGGGGAGUGGGGUAUGGAGAUGAAGCUACAAUCUUUUGAUAGGCCAGACACAUUCGAAGAAUGGGGUGCAGAGAAGAAGCCGCAGCCUUCAGAGAAACCAGAAACAAUGAGUGGAUGGGACACAGUUAAGAACUCAAAGUCAUCUGAUAGGCUGGAUAAGUCAGGGAGCUCGGGUACAGACAAGAAGUCACAGCCUUGUGAAAGGGUAGAGUCUUCGGGCGGGUGGAGAAUAGAGAAGAAGGCACCAUUAUCUGACCACUUGGAUUCUUCAGAGUUGUGGGGCUCGGAAAAGAAACCAUCAACCUCUUAUAGGCUGGAGGCCUCUGUGGGUGGCCCACAGAGAAGAAGCCACAACCCAGCGAUAGGGCUCAGUCAUCUGUACUAUGGGGUAGUGCAGAGAAGAAGAAGCAGUGUUCGGAGUGGCUGGAUUCAACAGGGAAGCUUGGGGCAGAUAAGAAGCUCCAGCCUCCUGACAGUCGAGUUAACAGGUGGGCUAAGAACAGAGAAAAGGCAACUGACAUCUGAUAGGGUAGAAUCUUCAGGGGGAUGGGGCAAAGAGAAGAAAUCUCCCUUCUCUGAUAGGCUGGAGUUGUCAAGUGGUGUGGGAACAGAGAAAAAGCAGCAGCCAUCAGAUAGGCUGGAGUCAUCUAGGGAAUGGGGCACAGAAAACAAACUGCUAUCCUCUGAUAAGCUAGAGUCAUCUGGAAGAAGAGAGAAGGAGAGAAGGCAGAGGUCCUCUGACAGGCUUAAUUCUUCUGGAGGUGGGGAGAUGGACAGGAGGCAACGAUCCUCGGAUAGAUGCAGCACUUCAAGAAGCUGGGAAAUAGAAAGGAGGCAACGGUCUUCUGACCGGCUUGGUGCUUCAGGUGACUUGGAACCUAGCAUGAGGCCAAGGUCCUCUGAGAGGCUUCCUGCUUCAGGAGGCCGGGAUAAUGAAAGGCAGCAGCAGUCUUCUGAAAGGAGAAACACAGCAGGGAGUGGUGAGACAGAUAGGCGUCCUCGAGGCACAGACAGACGUGCCACUUCAGAGAGAAAGCCACGGUCUUCCGAUCGACUUAGCAGUUUGGGCAGCUGGAAGAUCGAACGGAAACAGCAAGGUCCUGAAAAACAUGUUCCCCACUUGGGCCGUGAGAUUGAGACAAAGCUGCAGGACUCUGAGGUGCAGGAUCACUCUGGGUCCUCUGAAGUGGACAGAAAGCCAAGGUCCUCUGAGGGGCAGGACCCCCCAGGCAGCUGUGAAAUGGAUAGGAUGGUGCGGUCUUCUGAGGGCAUAUGCGGAAGCCAGCUGCAGAACUCCACAUCUUCGGGGUCUUCAAGUCGAGAUGGGGAGGCAGGUGGCAGGAAGGUGACCUCCCAGCCCAUUCAACCGGCAGGAUCACCUCACUCCAAUAAAGGAGAUGGUGUAGAUGCUGGUGUAACCCCUCCACCUCGACCCUCAAGAUCCAGGAGAAGCAGAGGAGGGAAGCUCAGUGGCUGUGAGCGGUCUAGGUCGUUGUGCUCGUCUCCUCUCCUGGGGCCUAGCUCCCCUUUAACAACCUCCGUCUCCUCAUCCAGCUCCUGUGACUGGGCAGUCAUCACCUCAAACCAACAACCUGGAAGCCCAUCAACAGGAGUGUCCCGAGGACCAAGUCCUGUCACCUUUGGAAAUCAGGAAGCUUGGCCUGUAGCAGCUGCCAUCACUGAAUAUAUCAAUGCCUACUUUAAAGGAGGAGAGCAUAACUGCUGUCUGGUAAAAAUUACAGGAGACCUGACGUUGUCCUUCCCUUCAGGGAUUGUCCAGAUUUUCAGCAACAGUGCCACUGCCCCUGUCCUCAGCUUUCGAUUGGUGAAAACAGCAAGAGUGGAUCAGUUUGUGCCCAAUCAGAAGCUUCUCUUCAGCGAUCCAUCACAGACAGACCCUGACAGCAGAGACUUCUGGGUCAACAUGCAGGCAUUAACUGUCCAUCUUCAGAGAGAAGCAGAGCUCAAUCCACAGGCGUCGUAUUUCAAUGUGGGUCUGCUCAAGUACCAGGUCUCCUCUCAGGACCCACGGUGUGCACCUCUCCGCCUCUCUGCCCAGUGCAUGCGCAGUGGCUCAGUCACACGUGUCUCACUGGACUACCACUACUGCCCUUCCUCCUCUUCUACAGAGCUCAGUAAUGUUCAGGUGGUAAUCCCCCUAGAGGAAUCGGCCAUGGACGUACAGUGCCAACCUGCAGGAGUGUGGAAUGCUGAAGAGAGGAGGCUGCUGUGGAAACUGCCCAAUAUCUCGCUGACAACUGAUGGCAAAGGGAAGGUGCGAGCCAGCUGGCAGUGUCGUGAUGGCCACUGUGGACCUCCCCCCAAUGUUGGAGUACAGUUUGUGGGAUCUGGAGAUGCCUUGUCAGGGGUUGACUUGGAACUGGUCGGUGGCCGAUAUCGCAUGUCACUAGUCAAGAAGAGGUUUGCCACCGAAAGAGGUUGCCUGGAAAAACUGUUGAGUGGACAUCCCCGUGUGGGCCAGGCCGCCCCUAAAGCUAAGGGCCGCUACGUCCACGAGUCGGCGGUCUAGCUGUCCAAGGAAAGUAUAUGGCAGGAUGUUCGGUGUGAUGAUGGUUUACAGAGAAGCACAAAACCGCACUUUCAAUUCUCCGUGCUGGGACAACACAAAGCUUUGGUUUCCACCUGGCAAAUGGCUGUUUUGAUGGACGUGACUGCCCACCAGAGAGAAUAGCAAAUUUUUUGGACGGACGGAGAAUGGCUUCUUAAUCAACAGAACUCGGCUCUAGAUCUAGAGUUUUUCUGUGUUGCUUUGUAAUUAUUUAGUACGUGUCGUAUGCCGUGUGGAUCUUGUGUGCCUUACAAAAUGAAAGCAAGAAUGAAGCUGGGAGCGUCGAACUGUAGGUCUGGGAUCUGCAUAACCUACAAAGAGAUGGUCUCAAAUGCUUUUCAGUAUUAUAAGUGGAUGUUUUG